AUGGAGCGUGUCGCCUCAGGCAGGCGAGGACCCCGGGGUCCGCGAGGGCACCUGGGGGCGAGGAGUGCAGGGCACCUACCUUGGGGGCCCGAGGCGCUAAACGCAGAGGGAAGGAACGCAGACGUGGCGGGGGCCUGGCGGGGGCGGACACAGCCAGCCUCGCCCGCCGUAGCAUGGGACUUACAGGGCGAGGGGGCCCGUCUGCCCUCGGGCACCAGGAAGAUGCUCCAGCUCCUGGUGCUGAAGAUUGAAGAUCCGGGUUGCUUCUGGGUUAUUAUAAAAGGGUGUAGUCCCUUUUUAGAUCAUGAUGUCGACUAUCAAAAAUUACAUAGUGCCAUGAAUAACUUCUACAGCAGCAUAAGUCAAGAUAUAGAAAUAAAACCAUUAACAUUGGAAGAAGGACAGCUCUCCCUGCUGGACUGCUUUGUAAACCUGUGCAUCCGAGUUGCAGUAGAAUCGUUUAUGCAGCUUCCCUAUAGAGCAAAAAAAUUCAGCCUGUACUGUACAAGGCCUGUCACAUUACACAUUGACUUCUGCGAAGACAGCACUGACAUCGUACCUGCCAGGAAAUGGGACAGUGCAGCUGUUCAGUACUUUCAAAACCUUCUCAAAGCAACUACCCAGGUGGAAGCCAGAUUAUGUGCGGUGGAAGAAGAUACAUUUGAGGUUUACCUUUAUGUAACUAUAAAAGAUGAAAAAGUUUGUGUUAAUGAUGAUCUUGUUGCAAAGAACUAUGCUUGUUAUAUGUCACCUACAAAGAAUAAAAACCUUGAUUAUUUAGAAAAACCAAGAUUGGAUAUAAAAUCAGCACCCUCCUCCAGUAAACUCAAUCCAGCACUUACCCUCUGGCCAAUGUUUUUGCGAGAAAAAGAUGUUCAAGGAAUAGAAAAUUCACGUGGCUUAAAUUUUCUGGCACAGUCCCUGCGGCAUACAUGGUGCAAGAGUGUUGUCGGUGACCUCAGGCCAACAGCCACAGCACUGGACGAAGCUGUAAAAUGUAAUAUGGAUUCCUUGAGAGAUUCACCUAAAAACAAAUCUGAAAAGAAACAGCAUUGCAUCUCUUUAAAAGAUACAAAUAAGCGUGUUGAAUCUUCAGCAUACUGGCCAACAAAAAGAGGCAUAACCAUAUACGCUGAUCCAGAUAUACCAGAAGCAAGUGAUUUAAGUCAGAAGCCAAAUGCAAAACCUCUUAGAUCAGCUGAGAAGAAAGAAUAUGAUGAGAAGAAUGGCUGUGUGAAAUUACUACAGUUUUUAAAUCCUGAUCCUUUGAGAGCUGAUGGAAUCUCUGAUCUCCAGCAGUUGCAGAAGCUGAAGUCGGGCCUGCAGCCACCUGUGGCAGUGCUCCGUAACAAGAUCGAGCCCUGCGUAACCAUCGAGUCGUCGCCGCUGUCAGCAGAACUGAAGAAGGCUCUUCAAAGAAAUAAGUUUCCCGGCCCCAGCCACACCGAAUCUUACUCUUGGCCUCCCAUAGCCCGUGGCUGUGAUGUGGUUGUCAUUUCUCACUGUGAAAGCGACCCUUUGCUCUACCUCCCACCAGUGCUGACAAUUUUGCAAACAGGGGCCUGCUACAAGUCAUUACCAAGUAGAAACGGACCUCUCGCAGUCAUUGUGUGCCCUGGAUGGAAGAAGGCCCAAUUUAUUUUUGAAUUAUUGGGAGAAUACAGCAUGUCCUCCAGGCCUCUUCAUCCUGUGCUAUUAACAAUUGGGCUCCACAAAGAGGAAGCCAAAAAAACAAAGCUUCCAAAGGGCUGUGAUGUGAUUGUUACCACCCCACACAGCCUGCUGAGGCUUCUCGCCUGUCAGAGCCUGCUGUUCCUCAGGCUCUGCCACCUGGUCCUGGAUGAGGUGGAGGUGCUAUUCUUGGAAGCCAACGAACAGAUGUUUGCUAUAUUAGAUAACUUUAAAAAAAAUAUUGAAGUUGAAGAAAGGGAAUCUGCACCACAUCAGAUUGUUGCAGUUGGAGUUCAUUGGAACAAACAUAUAGAACAUCUCAUCAAGGAGUUCAUGAAUGAUCCCUACAUCGUGAUCACAGCCAUGGAAGAGGCUGCUCUCUACGGCAACGUCCAACAGGUAGUCCAUCUUUGCCUAGAAUGUGAAAAAACCUCUACUUUACUCCAAGCUCUUGAUUUCAUUCCAAGUCAGGCACAAAAGACCUUAAUCUUCACCUGCUCUGUAGCUGAAACAGAAAUAGUGUGUAAGGUAGUAGAAAGCAGUUCAAUAUUUUGCUUGAAGAUGCAUAAAGAAGUGGUUUUUAACUUACAAAAUGUUUUAGAACAAUGGAAGAAGAAGUUAAGUUCUGGCUCUCAUAUUAUAUUAGCCCUCACAGAUGACUGCGUCCCACUCUUGGCCAUCACUGAUGCCACGUGUGUGAUUCACUUCAGCUUCCCUGCCUCGCCAAAAGUUUUUGGUGGACGCCUGUAUUGCAUGUCUGAUCAUUUUCACACUGAACAGGGUUCUCCUGCAGAACAGGGAGAUAAGAAAGCCAAAUCUGUCUUGCUGCUGACAGAGAAAGAUGCGAGCCACGCAGUGGGCAUCCUGCGCUACUUGGAGCGAGCGGACGCCAAAGUCCCCGCAGAGCUGUACGAGUUCACCGCAGGAGUUCUGGAAGCCAAAGAAGAUAAGAAAGCCACAAGACCUCUUUGUCCAUAUCUGAAGGCUUUUGGUUUUUGCAAAGACAAAAGGAUCUGUCCUGACCGACACCGUAUUAAUCCAGAAAUAGACAUGCCAAGAAAACUGUCCAGCCAAGCCCUACCUUCAUUUGGAUACAUUAAAAUAAUGCCCUUUUAUAUUUUGAAUGCAACAAAUUACUUUGGCCGUGUAAUUGAUAAAAACAUGGAUCUGUAUGCAACCCUCAGUGCUGAAAUGAAUGAGUAUUUUAAGGAUUCCAAUAAUAAAACAACUGUGGAAAAGGUGGAGAAGUUUGGAUUGUAUGGAUUCGCAGAAAAAACACUUUUUCACAGGGUUCAGGUGCUGGAAGUGAGCCGGAAAGAAGACGCCUGGGUCCCGGACGACGUCCUCGUAGAGUUCAUUGAUGAAGGCAGGACGAGGCUCAUCAUGAGGGACCAGCUGCUGCAUCUCCCGGAGCAAUUCCACGCGCUUCCCCCGCAGGCUGUGGAGUUUAUUGUCUGUAGGGUGAAACCUGCUGACAACGAAAUGGAAUGGAAUCCAAAGGUUACCAGGUACAUUCAUCAUAAAAUUGUUGGAAAAUUGCAUGAUGCAAAGGUGAUCCUGGCUUUGGGAAAUACAAUUUGGAUUGAUCCAAUGGUGCACAUUAUAAACCUUUCCAAUUUAAAAACCUCUGUCAUUGAUUAUAAUGUUCGAGCUGAAAUUUUGUCCAUGGGAAUGGGCAUUGAUAAUCCAGAACAUGCAGAACAACUAAAAAAAUUACAUGAAGGCGCUAAGAUGCCAGCUUUUGAAGAAAGCCCAAGCGAGACCCUGCUGACGGUGACAGGAACCAGGCCUGCUCAAGACCAGGAUUGUCCGUCCGAGGAGCAGGAGGGGCAUGGGACACCUCCUCCAGCAGAAGACACUGCUCGCCUGCAGAGCCUCCGGACCGAGGACCCGGGUGCAGAAGGAGGGGCUGAGUCCAAGACGAACUCAGAAAACCAGAAGCCUGAAACUUCAUCUGGAAACACUGACGGUGCCUCUGUUAGCAGGACUGCACAGCCACCUCUGAAAAGCUUCCACCCACAAGUAAAAUGGUUCCAAAAAGAAGAUGUCGUCAUCUUAAAGAUAAGAAUAAGGAAUGCAAAGGACUAUAAGUGUCAGUAUUUAAGAGAUAGAGUCGUUUUCAGUGCUUGGGUGGGAGACAAGUUUUACCUGGCUGAUCUGGAGCUGCAGGGCAACAUAAGGCAAGAUGACUGCAAAUGCGUGAUUAGAAACGAUGAACCUCUAAUCACUCUGGCCAAAGAGAGAAGGGAAGCGUGGUGUCACCUGCUCAGACACAGGAACCCUAAUGUGGCUUUUGAUUUUGAUCACUGGGAAGACUCUGAAGAGGACAGCCACUUCCCCAAGGAAGUGAACUGUAAAAACCUGCCAUACACAGUGGCAGAGGAGGUUGAAGACAGUAGCAGCACCUCAGAGGAUGACAGUGAGAGUGAUUGAGAAGGGCCUGUGUGGUGCCUGGAGGUGACCUUUGAACACCUGCAUGCCAUGAGCCCUACAGACAUUGGCGACCCCAUCCUCAUGCAGCUGCAGCACCUGGGGUCACCAGGUUUGGAGGAGGAGUGGAGCACCCACCAAGUGCUGCUGGGUUGGGCCUUGCCCUCCCCCAGGGAGGACGUGCUGUGCAGCCAAGACAGCUGCCGGGAGUGUGCCCAGGUCACUACUGUGACCCUUGCAAGUGACUGGCAGGCUGCUGGGGAGCCAAUGAUGCUGACCGGCGACGCAGGGGACCCUUGUGAUGAGCACGCCAGCUGUGGAGGGUUCUGGAUAGAAGCUCAGCUCCUGACAUUCGUCCUGGCAGAUACGUGCUAUGCACAUCACAGGACCUUGCGCUUAGGGGAUGGCCGGUGUUUAGAGCUAACCAGAACCAUCCUUCGUUGCCACACUGGUGCUUUGGAGGUAAGUUACUUCCUCUUAAAGAACUAG